CUUCCCAUUGGUCCAGCGUGUCGGAGUGCCGAGAACAACAAACACGCUCGGGUGAAGACCGUCGGGAUGGAUGCAGCUACCUUGACAUACGACACACUUCGCUUUGGUGAGUUUGAAGAUUUUCCUGAGACUUCGGAGCCUGUGUGGGUCUUGGGGAAAGAAUACAAUGCGCUCACAGAGAAAGAUGAGAUUUUAUCAGAUGUCACUUCACGACUGUGGUUCACAUACAGAAAAAACUUCCCACCAAUUGGGGGGACUGGACCAACAUCAGACACGGGGUGGGGAUGUAUGUUACGGUGCGGCCAGAUGAUCCUGGGUGAGGCCUUGGUGUGCAGGCAUUUAGGAAGAGACUGGAGAUGGGCCAAAGGCCAGAAACAAAGAGAGGAGUACAUCAGUAUUCUCAAUGCCUUCAUCGACAAAAAAGACAGCUAUUAUUCCAUCCAUCAAAUCGUGACUCAAAUGGGAGUCGGAGAGGGAAAGCCUAUUGGCCAGUGGUAUGGACCAAACACAGUCGCCCAGGUUCUAAAGAAGCUGGCGGUGUUUGAUACGUGGAGCAAAUUAGUUGUACACGUGGCGAUGGACAACACUGUGGUCAUCGAGGAGAUCAAGCGUCUUUGCAUGCCCUGGCUGGACGCUGCAGGAGCCUAUGGAGAACCAGAGGGAGUGGGGGAGCUUAAUGGCUGCCUGGAAGGAGCGUGCGCGCUGGCUGAGGAGGAGACGGCGCUCUGGAAACCUCUGGUACUGCUCAUCCCCCUCAGGCUGGGCCUGAGCGAUAUAAAUGAUGCCUACAUCGAAACCCUGAAGCAAUGCUUCAUGCUGCCUCAAUCCCUUGGUGUUAUUGGGGGAAAACCCAACAGUGCCCAUUACUUCAUUGGUUAUGUCGGAGAAGAACUCAUCUAUUUAGACCCUCACACCACACAGCCUGCAGUGGAGCCGUCUGAUGACGGUCAGGUCCCCGAUGAGACGUACCACUGCCAGCACCCACCCUGUCGCAUGCACAUCUGUGAACUGGACCCCUCUAUUGCAGCGGGUUUCUUCUGCAGAACAGAGGACGAGUUUGAUGACUGGUGUAUGCGCAUAAGAAGGCUGUCCUGCAACAGAGGGACCCUGCCCAUGUUUGAACUCGUAGACAGCCAACCCUCUCAUAUGGUCAGCGUGGACACCCUCAACCUUACUCCCGAUUUCUCAGACUCCGACAGGUUGGAGCGGUUCUUCGAUUCAGAAGACGAGGAGUUCGAGAUCCUUUCCCUGUGACGAACAUAACGAACAAUGAAUCGCUGUUCUAACAGCGGGCGAAGAGUUGCCGUUUCUUCUCUGUAUCAGAAGGGACGCCUGAGGGGAGGAACAUUAACUGGAAACCUCUCGAGCCAGUCCAGUCAAGUGUGUGACACACAGCGUCUGAAUGCUCCGACACUGAGACUGCU